AGAAGGGAGCGUGACCACUCUGAAGCUGAGAGAGCUCAACAUAUAAAGCAGAUACAUGAUUUCCAAGAACAUAUCCAAGAGAAGGAAAGGCAGCUUAUGGAGUUGCAGGAACAGCAUAGGGUCGCUCAAGAAACAAUACUUUAUAAGGAUGAACAACUAAGGGAGGCACAGGCCUGGAUUACCCGUGUUCAGGAGGUGGAUGCUUUGCAAUCAAAUACAAAUCACUCAUUGCAGGCUGAAUUACGGGAACGUACAGACCAAUACAAUCAACUUUGGAUGGGCUGUCAAAGACAGUUUGCGGAGAUGGAGAGGCUUCAUUUGCAUACAGUACAGCAGCUUCAACUUGAGCUGGCUGAAGCAAGGGAGCGGAGCAGUUCUUAUGCUGAUGAAUCACACCGAACAAACUCUAAGGACAUCUCUCAGUUUGGUCAGAAUAAUGGAAAUCAUAUUGAUGUGAAUGGAAGCAGUACUACAAGCGGUAAUAUGAGUGUCCUGAAUGGAAAUGCAGACAAUGUCCAAUCUUUUGCUUCAUCUGGCAAUACAUCAACUCAGGCUGAGCAUGUUCCUGGAGUGCCAAUGGCUCCAUCUUCUCUACUGGGGAUGCCGACCUACCUGCCACCUGGACAGGUGACCGCUCUGCACUCUUUUCUCAUGCAUCAACAAGGGGUUCCCCAGUCUGUGCCUUCGCAUGUCCCUCAAUCUCAUGUUGGGCAUUUUCACUCAAUGCCAGCAGUGUCAUCUAUGCAACAGUGGCAGAACCAACAGGCUAUACCUGAGAAUUCACAGAUACCUUCCUCAAAUCAAAUUCCACCAUCACAAGCUGAUCAAGGCAUUGGAAGAUCAGAUGCAAAGUAUGAAUAUGAAGUGCCUGCCAAUGGACAAUCUCUUCGACCUGACUAUCUAGAUGUUCAUAUCAGCCAAGCUGCAGAGACUGAUUCAAUGAUGUCAUCAUCCACUGGAAAAGCACAGGUUCUUGAACCUAUUGAUGGAAAUUACCUUGUCGGAUCCAAAUCUGAGCAGAACUUGCAACAAAUUUCUUCACAGUUUCGUGAUGCCUUAAGAUUGGACUCUCUUGAAAAGAAAAGUGAAUCCAAGGAUCAGAAUAUUAGAAGUUUGAAUAAUCAUGGACCAGAUAGCCAGCUUUUAACAGCUGAUCAGAAAGGUUCUGCUGCUGGUGUAUCUUCAUCUGAUACUUCAAGGCACUCAAUUAAUGCCAGUGAGGCCAGUGUCAACAAUGGGACUGGUAAAGUUUUGCCUGAAGGCCUGAUGUCAACUGGGACAGUAGGGAGGAGUUCAGGAACUGCUUUACUUGAUGAAAGGUCGCUGUUGGCAUGCAUAGUCCGCACAAUUCCAGCUGGUGGAAAAAUUCGGAUCAGUUCAACGCUUCCGAACAGACUUGGGAAAAUGCUUGCGCCUUUGCAUUGGCAUGAUUAGAAAAAGUAUGGAAAGCUUGAUGACUUUGUUGCUAGUCACCCAGAGUUAUUUGUAAUUGAGGGUGACUAUAUUGAACUUCGAGAGGGAGCACAAAAGAUGGUAGCUGCUACAGCAGCCGUGGCCAAAGUUGCUGCUGCAGCUGUGGCACCAUCUCCAUACUCCUCCUUUUUGGCUGUUACUCCCAUGGCACAGUCUCAUCGAUUGAAGAAGGUUCCUUCAGCGGAUGCCAACCAUGUGAAGCCUGAGAAGACUGUCUUUAAAGAGUAUGCUGGUGAUGAUUCUUCACAGUUCUCAGCUGUGCAGAAUCAGCAUCAAAAUGGUGUUUGUUUCGGAAUGGGUGAAAGCCUCUCUAAUAUUAAGAUUUUGAGCAAAGCUAAAGAUCAUAAUGAACUCAAUGGAACAAGUUUUGAUCGAAGCAAGGGUUCAACUCAGGGAAGGUCUAACUCAAAUUUUGUUGGGAAACAACAGAGCAGGAACACUGGGGCUUCAUUGACCUCCAGAAGAUAGAUGGGUUUAUCCAAUUCAUCAAGGAGUCGAAGAGUUGGUCGGAAAUCCAAUUUGCAAUGUGAGGAAAUUCAUCCAGAAUGGAAUUAUCAACAAAUCUUAUUUAAGUUUCUGAUUGGAAUUGUGAACUGACAUUUAAAGGAAAAGAUUUACUUGCGUAUGUGCAUGCUGCAGUCUCCCUGCUCAAUUGAAAAACUUGUUUAUGUUAGCCAUGUUUUUGUGGUAUUCAAGAUUGCAUUCAACUGCAUGAACUGAUAUUUCAUGCACAUACAAUCGAAUCGGGAAUGUUUGCUUUGAA